AUGACGGAAAACACCACUGCAGUGACUCCACCUAUUGUUUUAUCAAAUUAUCAUCAACUCAGUCUAACAGUUGAGUCUGCGAGCAUAAGAAAUUCAGGAUUAUUCAAACCGAAUCCUUAUUUACAAGUUGUAGUAGAUGAUAAGAUUUCAAGACGGACAGAGGUUUUGAAGAACACACAACAUCCAAAAUGGAAGGAAGAUUUCACCGUUUUAGUAACACCUCAGUCUCAAAUACUCUUUCGUUUGGCAGACCACCAUAGUUUUAGAAAAGAUCAUAUUAUUGGUGAAAAAAGAAUAGGUCUAUUCCAAAUUCUUCUGUACUUUAAUGGGAAAUGUGAAAAUGUUGAAGUUUGUAUUGAUUUAUUGAAAACAGUAUCAAAUGAAAAUGUUUCACAUGUAGAAGUCAAGUCUGCUGAGCUCACUCUAUUACUUGAUGGUUUAAGAAUAGAUCCUGCUGUUCUAGCUCAAAUACCUGAAUAUUUUGAGAGGUUAAAUUCCCGUAGUCCUCUCACUGACGGAGUUCGUGCAAGGAUAAGAUUAAGGAAUAGUGUUGAAGUCUCGAGGUCCAUGGGACAUCCGAGACCAUUAAGGCCGCCCCCCAGUAACGCUGGGCCAUCGCGUCAGGAAGUGGAGCCUCCUCACGUGACGCCGGUCACACAUCCGCCUCCCACUCAGCCACCUGCCGCGACACCCUCAGCAGCCACUGAGGAACCCCUGCCUCACGGAUGGGAGAUGAGACACGACGUUUAUGGCAGACGUUACUACGUCGAUCACAAUACACGCUCAACGUCUUGGGAGCGCCCUCAGCCGUUGCCGCCCGGCUGGGAGGUGCGUCGCGACACUCGCGGCCGCGUGUAUUACGUGGAUCACAACACGCGGACCACCACGUGGCAGAGACCGGACACGGAGCGCCUGGCGAGGUUCCAGCACUGGCGAGGAGAGCGCCGACACGUGGUCGCUCAGGGCAACCAGCGUUUCCUGUACCCCGCGCCGCAACCACCCCACCCGCCCGGACAACUGGCUGAUAACGAUGUCGAACAAACACCAGCAGCCAGUAGCAGCACUUCAUCGGUGGGAGCUAGCACCAGUAACGCGGUUGUACCUUCCGGCGCUGGUGUGGUCGUUGGUCCGGGCGCGGGGGCAGCCAGUGUGGCGGCCGCCGAGGAAGCCCUGGGCGCUCUGCCCUCGGGUUGGGAGCGACGUGUGCAGCCCGAUGGACGCGUCUACUACGUCAACCACAAAAACCGCACUACACAGUGGGAGGACCCGCGCACCCAGGGUCAAGAGAUAAGUUCGUUGGAAGAGGCUUUACCACCCGGUUGGGAGAUCAGAUUCACUGAGGAGGGAACGCGUUAUUUCGUCGACCACAAUACAAGAACUACUACAUUCCAGGACCCUCGUCCCGGGGCACCGAAGGGACCUCAAGGGGCUUACGGAGUCCCUCGAGCAUACGAACGAUCCUUCAGAUGGAAACUUAGCCAAUUUAGAUACCUCUGUCAGAGCAAUGCUUUACCCAGUCACAUUAAAAUUACUUUGUCCAGACAGACUUUGUUUGAAGACUCCUAUCAUCAGAUUAUGAGGCUCCCAGCGUAUGAAUUGAGAAGGAGACUUUACAUUAUAUUCCGAGGUGAAGAAGGUCUAGACUACGGUGGCGUCAGUCGAGAGUGGUUCUUUUUAUUAUCGCAUGAGGUUCUCAACCCCAUGUACUGUUUAUUUGAAUAUGCAAAUAAAAACAAUUAUAGCCUUCAGAUAAAUCCAGCCAGUUAUGUGAACCCCGAUCAUUUGCUUUACUUUAAGUUUAUAGGAAGAUUCAUAGCAAUGGCACUAUAUCAUGGUAGAUUUAUUUAUUCUGGUUUCACGAUGCCCUUCUAUAAGAGAAUGUUGAAUAAGAAGUUGACAAUGAAAGACAUCGAAUCAAUUGACCCGGAAUUUUACAACUCAUUGGUUUGGAUAAAGGAUAACAAUAUUGAUGAAUGUGGCCUUGAAAUGUGGUUUAGUGUAGAUUUCGAAGUUUUGGGUCAAGUUAUACAUCAUGAAUUAAAACCUUCGGGUGAUAAAGAACGAGUGACUGAAGGCAACAAAGAGCAAUACUUACAAUUAGUUACACAAUGGAGAAUGACCAGAGGAAUUGAAGAACAGACCAAUGCUUUUCUGGACGGAUUCAAUGAGGUAGUGCCACUGGAGUGGCUGAAAUAUUUCGAUGAGCGAGAACUGGAGCUGAUGCUGUGCGGGAUGCAGGAGGUUGAUGUAGAUGACUGGCAAAGGAACACCAUAUACAGGCAUUACACGAGAACCAGCAAACAGGUCGUGUGGUUCUGGCAGUUUGUAAGACAAAUGGAUAAUGAGAAACGCGCUAGGCUCCUUCAGUUCGUGACGGGAACAUGUCGCGUGCCUGUGGGCGGGUUCGCUGAACUCAUGGGCUCCAAUGGACCACAGAGAUUCUGUAUAGAAAAGGUCGGUAAGGACACUUGGUUGCCACGAUCGCACACUUGCUUCAACCGUCUCGAUUUACCGCCCUACAAGAGUUAUGAACAAUUAUGUGAGAAAUUAAAUUAUGCAAUUGAAGAAACAGAAGGCUUCGGUCAGGAGUAA